AUGGACCCAGCAGCUUCAGCACCGGAAGGAGCAAGCGACCCUCGUCCACUCAAGCGCCCGAAGCACGCCAAGCUCCCUGACAAGAUCCUGGCUCUACCGCAUGUACUCAAGCUACUUCAGACGUUCCUGAUGACGCCCGAACGGGCCACCAUAGAGGCAGCGCGCACUGGCAACAUGCCAUGGCUAGCCCAACUACUGGAAAACUACGAUUGCGAGGUGCCGCAAGCCAUGGUAUAUGCUGCUGCGAACGGUCAGCUCAGAGCGGCGGUCAUGCAGUUCUUCGCAUUCUUCCACUGCGCCCUGACGGACGAAACCAGGAGAAUUCUGCUAAAAUCACUAGAACUGCAGGCGUGUGGUGCAGCUCAUGCCGUUCUGAACGACGCAGCAGGAAACGGACAACUGGAAGUGGUCAAAUGUGUCGUGAAACAUGCAAACGAGAACGGAUACGAGUGGCGGUUCCUGGUCACUAGUUCGGGAUCUGAGGCGCUAGCACGUGCUAUCACCGGAAAACACGCUGGCGUCGUGGAUUAUUUGCUACAAGCGAGUGGAUUCCGCUGGAACCUGGUUGACGCUUUUGAGGCCGCAGUGGUUACGGAUAAUGAAGUGCUGGUGGAGAAGAUUUACGAGUUAUUCUCGCAGCGGGAAGGCGAUUUCAAGCUGUUUAUCGAGUUGGCAUGGUGGGGAAAGCUUCGCGGUGUGCAGUAUCUGUAUCGAAAUGGUUACGCCUCCCCGGAGUUGGUAAACGAGGCUUUUCUGAAAACUGCAGGUUUCCACUGGUCUCCUGUCGUCAUCUACCUGCACGAUACGGGCCUGAUUACGUCGGACGUGUUUGACAAGGCAUUCAUCAUGGCAGUCAGCGCAACGUGGACCACCACGAAGACGGUGGAAUACUUCUGUCACCUGAAGCGCGCCUCCGCGGAAGCGAGGAGCAAGGCAUUUGUGACUGCGCAUUGCCCUGAGAGAGUCAAGAUACUUCUCGAGAACGAACGCAUCUCAGAUGCAUCUAUCAUCGACGCGUUCACGUUAUCUGGAUACGCACACCGAUACUUGUCCAAACACUACUUGUCGCGCAGCAUCGACUUCGUCAAGUUGCUGGGCAAGAAUGCCUGCAUUCCGGCCGAAGUUAUUGGUGAGGUGUUUGUGACCGCAGCCUCGAAGAACUGCCCCGAGCUAGUGGGGCUAUUGCGGAACGACCCUCGCAUGUCUGGCGAGAUGGUUGAGAAGGCCUUCGUUGGGGCUGCUGGAGAGGAAGAUUGCAAGCUGGUGCAAUCCCUGUACGACAAGAAAAUCCUUUCACCAGAGACGAUCUUGGCUGCUUUUGAAAGUGCCGCUGCAAUGGGAUCGGACGACGUAGUGAAGGAGAUUGUCAUGUACCUGUCCGAUGCUGCGCAUGUGCCCAGACUGAUCAGGCUCAAGUCUUUCGUGGAAGCGCUGGGCGCGACGGAGGAUUUAGUGAAGAAGAGCUUCAUCCGCGAAGUGAUUUGUGACCAACUCUUUGAUGCGAGAGCUCCUGAGCGCUUUGAGACCCUCGCGAAGUGCAUGGACAAGUGGGCGGUCCACGGAACCGGUUCGAAGGCCCGGUUAAGUGAACCGGAUGUUUCCGACUUGGAGAAACCACGGCAGAAGUGGUUUCGAAGCCAAGAACAGCGAGAGCGCGGCGCUCACUGUUCUCCGGGGUCAAGUCUACGCGAAAUACUAGAAGGGUAG